CUAGCUGUUUUCUGCUGUUCUGAAUCAAUAACUAAAGACUUAGGUAAACUAAAGCCAUCAUCCACAUAUCAUAUAAAGCCAGAGAACCUUCUAAUCUAACCAGCACAAAGACAUCCAUCUGUUAAUAAACCUCAGCCAUUAAUUACAAAAUUUAACAUCAUUAGCCACUGUGGUUAUUCCGCCUUUUAAGGCUUUCACGUUAAUGUACUCUUAUAGUUUACUCUACACUGUAAGUGCAUGUUAAUGUAUUCUAAUUGUUUACUCUACACUGUAGGUGCACAAUAAUGAACUGUGUACUGUAAGAGUUAUCUCUAAAUGUAAAAUGCUAUGUAUUAAUUGAACAGGAGAAGUGAAUCCAUUACUGUGGGUGUUAAAGUACUGUAAGAGUUAACUCUACUCUAUAGGUGGAUGUUAAUGAACUGUAAGAGUUAACUCUACACUGUAGGUUAGUUGUUAAAAUGCUAUUUCUUCUUCUUAAGUGAAUAGGAGAAGUGAAUCCAGGUCUGUAGGUGUUAAUGAACUGUAAGAGUUAAUGAAAUGUGUACUCUAAAUUAACUUUACACUGUAAGUGUUAAAAUGCUAUGUAAUAAUUAAACAGAAGAAGGGAAUUCAGGUCUGUAUGGGAUAAAAUGUAUAAUUGAAUCGAGGAAAUUAAUUCAGGUCUGUAGGUGUUAAUGAACUAAAAGAGUUAACUCUAUGCUGUAGGUGUUAAAAUGCUAUGUAUUAGUUGAACAGGAGAAGUGAAUCCAGGUCUGUAGGUGUUAAAGCGCUGUAAGUGUUCAAUCUAACUGUGUACUUCAGGAGUUAACUCUACAUUGUAGGUGUUAAAAUGCUAUGUAUUAAUUGCAUAGGAGAAGUGAAUCCAGGUCUGUAGGGGCUGCAGAUUGUGCUGUGUAAUUCUAGCGCAGACAGAAGCUGAGCGCGCGCGUCCCGCUCGUGUCACGUCGCUGCCGGUCACGUUACGCUGUGCGAAUCAGGCGCGCCGUGGCCUCCUAUUGUCGUCAACGGUGAUGUGGAGGCGCUAGAGCGCGAGGACCCGCCAGUCCUCAGUUAGCGCAGCGCGGUAACGGUAACGGGGGGAUUCGCCGACCAAUCACACCCCCUGCGAAGGGCGCGCGGAGAUGCGGAGACCGUGUUGACUCCUGCUCUACCGUCUCGACUGGAGCUCAUGAGCCUGCUGGGCGGUUACAAGAAAAAGUCCGGUUACGAUGGAUAUGAAUCUUUGCAGCUGGUCGAUAGCGGCGGAGACUUCAGCAGCAGCGGGGGAGGAAGAGGAGGAGGAGGAGGAGGAGGAAGAGCGGGAGGAGGAGGUGGAGGUGUUGGUGCUGGAGGAGGAGGCCUGACAGCAGCGAGUUUCGGUGCCAAAACGCGACCGGACGAUUUCAGCACCAUGGACAGCUCAGGACCUCCGUCUCCAGAUAUGGACGGGAACUAUGGGGGUGGACUGCUGGACAUGGUUAAAGGAGGUGCUGGGAAGUUCUUCAGCAACUUUAAGGACAACCUAAAGGAUACCAUCAAAGACACAUCUACCAAGGUUAUGCAUCAAGUGGCCACUUAUACAAAGGGAGAGCUGGACAUUGCCUACAUCACCUCUCGGAUUAUAGUGAUGUCAUAUCCUGCUGAGACAGUGGAGCUGGGCUAUAGGAAUCAUGUGGAGGACAUCCGCUCUUUCCUGGACUCACGUCAUGCAGACCACUACACUGUUUUCAACCUGUCCCAGAGGAACUACCGUGGAGCCAAGUUCUCCAACAGGGUAUCUGAAUGCAACUGGCCAUCCAAACAAGCCCCCAGCCUUCACAACCUGUUUGCUGUGUGUAAGAACAUGCACAAUUGGCUCAAGCAGAACCCGAAGAACGUGUGUGUGAUCACUUGUUCGGAUGGCAGAGGUCCAUCAGGUGUGCUGGUGUGUGCCAUGUUCUGCUUCUGCCACCUCUUCGCCAACCCUGUGCCUGCCAUGCACCUGCUUAGCGCCAAGAGACCAGGCUCUGGCCUGUGGCCUUCACACAGGAGGUACGUAGGCUAUGUGUGCAGCAUGGUGUCAGAGAAACCCACAGUGCCCCACUCUAAGCCACUGGUCAUCAAAGCUGUCACCAUGAGCCCGAUCCCUUGCUUCAACAAACAGCGCAGUGGCUGCCGGCCCUUUUGCGAUGUGCUGAUCGGCGAGACCAAAAUCUUCUCCACAGCGCAGGAGUAUGAGAGGAUGAGGGAGUACAGAGUGCAGGAGGGAAAGGUACAGUUUUCUCUGGGAGUGAGCGUCCAAGGAGAUGUUGUGGUCUCAGUCUAUCACAUGCGCUCCCAUGCACUACAGGCCAAGGUGACAAACACACAGAUAUUCCAGAUUCAAUUCCAUACUGGCUUUAUUGCUCCUGGCACCACAUUCUUGAAGUUCGUAAGGUCAGACCUGGAUGCUUGCGACUCUCCAGAGAAAUAUCCUCAGCUGUUCCACGUCCUGCUAGAUAUUGAGGUGGAGAACACAGAGAAGCAGAAAGAUCUCACACCACCCUGGGAACAGUUCCCAACCAAAGACCUGAGCCCAAACGUGCUCUUCUCCUGCCACCAGGAACACAAGGACGCACUCGCCAUCGCAGAUGAAAUGGAGGGAUUGGACCUGGAAGAUCCUGCCCAGGGACACGGGGGCCCAGGAGGGGGCCGUCUGGGGCCGAAUGAAGAGAGCGAGCCCUCCGACGACGAGAUGCUUUCCCUCUCCAGCCAGCAGAGCAACGCCAGCAGUGAGAAAGCCAAGGUAGCAAAGAAAGCAGAGGCUCAGGCUGCUCCUGCACCACCGCCACCAGCUGAGGACGUGGACCUGCUGGGUCUGGAUGGGGGUGAUGUUCAGCGGCCUGUGACUUCUUCUUCACAUCCACAGACUACUACCACCACCACUGACCUGCUGGGGGAUCUGUUUGGAGCUCCACCUACACAGCCUGCAAGUGGCCCUGGCUCCGCCCAGUCCACGCCCAGGAAAUCUGUUGCAUCUUCAUCGCCCUGCCCCUCACCUCGAUCUGCAGAUACAUUUGACCCAUUUGGGUCACAGCCUGCAGCUGCACCUGCCCCAAAACCUCAAGACUUCAUGGGGGCAUUCCUGGGUCCAGGUAAUAUGGGGCAGCCAGACCCCUUCCUGCAUGCCGCACGAUCUCCAUCUCCCACUAUGCAGAACAUAGGCAUGGGCCGCAGCUCCCCCGGGCCGCCCACUACACCCACAGUUAACAUCCAGCAGCAGAACAAUAUGGGUGGAUGGGACUGGAACAGACCUGCUCCUCCAGGCAAUGUUUCUUUGUCAGCUGGUGGUGGUUUCGGCAUGGGCAGCAAGUCGGCUGGGACGAGUCCUACAGGCUCUGUUCACAGUACUCCUACUCACCAGCCCAAACCAAAUACUCUGGACCCCUUUGCUGACUUGGGCAAUCUUGGAGCCAGUCUAGGAGGUGGCUCAGGAUUCUCCAGUAAGCCCACCACUCCUACAGGCACCGGAGGAGGCUUCCCUCCCAUGGGUUCUCCCCAGAGACUGGCUCCCUCCCCCCAGAACACCAACACGACCACCGCUGGAGGCUGGCAACCCAGCACAGGCUUACCGUCAUGGCAGCCGGGCGGAGGCAGCGGGUGGCAGCCCCAGUCCCAGCCUAAAGCUCCAGCACCCUCUAUGCCCCACAGCUCUCCACAGAACAGGCCCAACUACAACGUCAGCUUCAUGGGUGGGGCUUCACCCGGGGGCACAGGGGUUAAAGCACAAUGUAACAUGGGAACCAAACCGAAGGCCACAGAUGCUAACUUUGAUGACCUGCUCUCUGGCCAAGGCUUCACAGGCAGUAAGGAAAGGAAAGGCCCAAGGACUAUAGCCGAGAUGAGAAAAGAGGAGAUGGCAAAAGAGAUGGACCCUGAGAAACUCAAGAUCCUGGACUGGAUUGAGGGCAAGGAGCGCAACAUCCGUGCGCUGCUGUCCACCAUGAACACGGUGCUGUGGGAAGGAGAAACACGCUGGAAGCCUGUGGGCAUGGCAGACCUGGUCACUCCAGAACAGGUGAAGAAGGUCUACAGGAAGGCUGUGCUUGUAGUCCACCCUGACAAGGCAACUGGACAGCCCUAUGAACAAUAUGCCAAGAUGAUUUUUAUGGAACUAAACGAUGCCUGGUCAGAAUUUGAGAGCCAAGGACAGAAAGCUCUGUACUGAGACUUCCAGCAAACGGCACCAUUAGAAAGCCCAUCUUACAGCUGUUAACAACACAACCAGUCAGCAUGUGGUACCCAACUCCAUCCUCUCAACACUCCUAUCUGCCCUCCUCAUCUUCCUGGAUCCUGCUACGUUUAAUAGACACUCCACAGUCUUCGCCUGUACAGCGUGAUACAGUGUCAGCAGACUGGAUGACUCAGAUUGUGGUUUUCCAGGACUGGGUGAAUUUAGGCAUGAUGGUGACAGACAGGCAUAACCGACAUAUCUUUUUUUUUUUAAGGAUCAAAAUGAGUAUCUGCUCUGUUUUUGUAGCUGGUUCGGUUUCAUUGUGGUGGAAGGAAUGUGAAGUUUUUUUUUCUGAACAUCUUACAGAAGAGAGAAUUAUGUUGCAGAAAAAUGCAGAUCACGUUUAGGUCCAGUAUGAAACUGAAGUGUAGCCUUAGUGAUACUCAGCAAGGGCCUUUCCAGGAUUGGAGAGCAAGGAUCAGAGGUUUGCAAUAGGACAUGUUAGCAUCAUUGUCAGCACUGUCAAUACAUUACAAGACAAAAGCCCAGCGAAGCUUUAAAGCACUAACUUGCGCACACUAACACAGUGCUGCAGGCUGCUGAAAGAGCGCUACGGACUUCGGAUGAACGUUUAUAAGCUCUGGGGACAAAAAAGCACAGUAAGAAUGAAAGCCUAGUGCAUCUAGAAAUAUCGCUUAUCGGUUACAUGCUCUUUGGUGUUUCAGAAAGCUGCUUAUCUCCCUAUUUUUGGCGAUGCGUUUAACUAAAUCUGUGAAAUAGAUGCUAGCAGUUGAGCUUUCUCCUGGUUUCUACUGACUACUGUACUGAUGUAUGUGUGUAUGGGAUGUGCUGCACUGUAUUUAAUGAUGUUCUGUUUACAAGAGUAUAUUCUUAAGAGCAAUGGUUUCGUCACAUCAUAGGAAGAAACUGGUGAACAAUAAUUGAGUAAAAAAAACUGUUAUCUAAUAUUCACACAACAGAAUCACUCCAACACACUCAGCUCAGUUAAUUAAAAGAGUAAUAAACAGCUUCCCUAAUUGGAUAAAGUGAGGCUAAAGUGAGGCUGUGACCAAAAUUAAUCCCCACCCCCUUUAUUAGUAUUUCUCUAUAUAGGGAGAGACUAUUUGGUUUACUAAGUAGCAGUAAAACACGAGCCUGCACUGGUCACAUAUUCAAGCACAUGAUUGGCAGAGUAAAGUUAAAGCUAAUUUUGGUGGAUAUGAAACAUAUAUUUGGCUGGAAACUGAUGUAAAAAUUUGGCUCACUGUCAGCUCAAGUUUUUCCCCUGUUGGUUGUUUAGUAAGGACACUCAAAAUUCAUUUUGGUCCACAUUCAGCUCAUGUUGUACUUUGCUAUAUAUUUUUAUGAUUGCUAUGAGUUUAUAGUGUCCACAAAAUCAUGUUAAAAUGACACUUUAUUCAAAUAUGGAUAAGGAGAAAAACGGCAACCGUACUCAUUUCGGUCACAGCCAAAAUGUAUGUCCAGCAAACCCUAAACCCAAAGUUUAGGUUAACUUUGAAGAAUUGAACUCAGAUUAUUAAAUUAAAGAAAAACAGUAAAAAAAAAAAAAAAAAAACCUUCAGCUAUCAGUUCACUCAACAUUUGUUUUACCUUUCUGACAUUUCUUACAUUUACAAAUGGUCAGUUCUAACUGGUAAUGUUUUAUAGAUUUUUGUUUUCUCAAAAGGCAAUAGGAAAUUGUCACAGUAUGGCAGUAAAGCAUUCUACUGUUCAUUCAUAUAUACAUUACAUUAUCGUGAAUAGACAGACAUAGAACUCAGUAGAAUGUGUAUAAUUUAUUUAGAUAGACUGAUAUUAUUAUUUCAAAAUGUUUUUUUGUCUAAAAUAUUUAUGCAAUAUUUCUUAAAAUCGGAUAAAACUGAUAAUUCAAUAUAGUAUAUAAGUACAUACAGUAUGUCUUUUUUAAACGGUGAUAUCAUUGUAGCAGGAUAUUGUCCCCCUCUUAAUAUUCACUGACCUGACGACUAAGUGUCUAAUAGCUAAAAAGUUACAGUGUCUAGUUAGGAGGUAUAAUAAACUUUCUGGGUCACUUAAAAGACACCUGGGUGUCAUAUGGAAGUGUAUAUAUUUUAGUGUUAAAUUAAUUCCAAGGAAAAAAGGUAAAAUAAUAUGUCUGCUCAGUUUCUUUGCUGGACUCUUACUGAACAUUUUUGGGGGCUAUAAGAGUGUGUGUGUUUAAGUGAGUGUGUGAAUGUGCGUGUGUAUGAAUCUCAACAUGACUGUAAUUCUCCUUCUAUAAGAUUAUCCAUUACAAACAGGUAAAAGCUACAUUUCUUCUUCAGCCACAGGUGUCCUUUAUUUAUUGUGACAUAUCAUUUAAAUUUUCACAUUAUAAGGCGCAUUUUAAUAGACACUAUAAGGAACUUCUAAUUCAGCCGGUCUCCCCGGUGGGUUCUGGUGGGGUUUAGCUAACUGAGUUAAGUAAAGCUAAGCUAAGUAAACAAAACUGUAAUAAAAAAAGACUUUCUUAUAAAGUCAAACAAGCACUGAAUGUUAAUCUACACAGAUUUUUCUUCUGUAAACUGAUUAUUUGGGUAAGUAGAGUGCUUCUGUUUAUUUACAGUAAGCUUAGAUUCACGAAUUUCUCCAGUACUGAAACUGGAGCAUUAGCGGCUAACUACUCCAGCAGUGCUAGCCGGGGUUAGCAGCAGGCUACAGGCCGAUAAUACUCCCCUCUAAAUGGGGAAAUAGAGGUUAGCUGUUAAUGCUAAUGAUACUCCAGCCCCGGUGCUAGAGAACUAAACUGAAACUCCUGUAUAAUGUUGCACUUCAUCAGAGUGGCUUUACUGCUCCUUAAUUCCUGACUGGUAAAAUGCAUACACAUUGGAUUAAAAGGUGCAAUUUAGAUAUUUGGGAAAAUUACAGUAUUAAGUUUUAAGUGCACCUUAUAGUGAGAAAAAUACGGUAGGUCUAAAUAUACACCAGAUAAGCAUAGCAGUAUGACCACCUCUUUGUUUAGACACACUUUUCCAUUCGUUUUUAUCCACAUUUAACUCCACUGAGCACUUAGGAUCACUUUGUAGUUCUAUAAUUACAGACUAUAGUCCUUUUGUUGGUCUGCAUAGUUGCAUAGUCAUUGGGGUUUUCCUCCUUUAACCAUGUUCUUCAAUGUUCAGCACCAGAGAGAUAUUAGAGAUAUUAUGUGCUUGACACUGGCAUGGGGGUGGUGUGUUAGCGUGUGUUGUGCGGGUAUGAGUAGAUUAGACACAGCACUGCUGCUAGAGGUUUUAAACACUGAAGUGUUACUGCUGGAUUAGGAAUAGUCUACCAACAGUGGCCUGUGGGCAGUGACUUCUCAUCUACAAGGUGGAACAGUUAGGAAGAGGUGUCUAAUAGAGUGGUCAGUAAGUGUACACAGUGUUUAAAAACUCCAGCAGAACUGCUGUGUCUGAUCCAACACACACUAACACCACCACCACCAAGCAAAUCAGUGUCACUGCUUUGUUUAAUGAGUAGUGCACCACCCAAAUGAUACCUGCUUUGUGGUGGUCCUGUGGUGUAACCAAAGAACUACAUUCUGUAAUUAUAGAACUAAAUAGCUUGAUCAGUGCAGUCCUUGUCACUGAAGGACACUGACGGAGUGUUAAAGCUCAACUUUACACUUCCCUGGUGGCUUGUGGAGUGUGUAGGACUGUAAGUGGUACAUAGGCCAGAGGUUGUCUAGCCACAAAACUUUAUCUGCCCUUUCUCUCUCAGUAUAUUUGCACUUGAACGACUCAAUAGAAAUACAGUUAACAGUAGCUAUGUGCUUUAACUUACAGUACCUACAUGCCCAUUGCUGUUUCACAUCAUUUUCCUUUCAGAUAUAUCAUAGUGAACCACUGGAAGGGAGACUGUUUUUGAGAUUUCUGGCCAGUUUUCCUUUUUUGUAGCCUAUUCUCACUCAUCUACGUCUCUCCAUCCACUGGACUCUACAGUUCUACAGACUUGUUUGAAUCCACGUAAAACUCUCAGUGGUUUGGUUUACUGAAGGACUAUCAUUAAAGGAAAGACCCCUCCAUUGGGGAUGGAGUGUCCACCUCCUUCUCUCCCUCUCUCGUGGACUAAACUGAACUAUCUUGAAUCUUAAGGAUGUCAUGUUCUGAAGCUAACCUCUGUGUACAGUAGUGAAUGUGUGGUGUUCUAAUAAUCCUGUCCUCUGUGAGAAAGUGGUUUGGAUACAGCUCUGUGUUUGCCUGUCUGCUGUAUCAGUAUUACUGAAAAAAAUGUGAACUUUAUUUUCUCGUGUCUUCUCUUUCUGUUCCCCGCCCUCAAUCUGAAGCUGUACGUAACGUGCGCUGCACAAAUAAAUGGGCAAGAGAGAAAAAUGUGA